AGGGGUGAAGGGACCGCUGGAAGGGCGAGGCGAGGCGAGGCGAGGCAAGGCGCGGGCUGGGCUGGGCUGGGCUGCCCGCCGGGCUCGGGAGACACCGGGAGAGCCACACGGGGGUGGUUCCCUCCUUUUUAUUUCGCCACUAAAUCGGCUUGCCAGCAAAAAAAAAAAGAAAAAAAAAAGGGGGGGGGGGGACUUAGUCUAGGCUGAUCGACCGCUUGGUCUCCAUUCCCCCCUUUGGUCCUCUGGAGGAUUGGGAGCAGCUCCCCCCUCCCAGUGUCUCCAGCCUUAAAAAAAAAAAGGAGACUUUUUCGAUGUCAUCAUUUGCCGCUGUGUCUAACCCUUGCUGCAUGCACUUCACUGCAGGCAGAACAAAGCUCUGUCACAAUUGUGCGGCUUCCUGCCUGUCGCCUCCUGCCCGCCCGGCUCGGGAUCGUCAUGCAGGAGGGGAGCAGCGAGGCGAGAUCCAGCCAGUGUAGCUGAUCAAGCCAUACUCUAGGACAGUGGUCACCAACCAGUGGAUCUUGAUCCACCAGUAGAUGUCGGAGCCUCUUGCAGUAGAUCUUGGAGCCUCUUGGAGUCUACCCAAGACUGGGGUAGGGGGCACGCAGGCUCCCCAGCCCAUCAGAUACUGAAAGACACGUCAGAUGCUUACCUACAUGGUGGUUCCUAGCCAUUGCUCUUCACUGGUGAGGUACGCAGACGCAGCAGUGAGAAGAGAGAAACUACACCAGGCUUCAGAUUUUGGACAAUACAGCAAAGUUCUCUAAGAUACUCAGUGUUUCCCCAUAAGGGCUACAAUGGAGACACUGUCCCAGGAGUCUCUACUGGAAUGUCAGAUUUGUUUCAAUUACUACAGCCCGCGACGGAGGCCCAAGUUACUGGACUGUAAACAUACCUGCUGCUCUGUUUGCCUUCAGCAGAUGAGGACCAGCCAGAAAGACCUGAGAUGCCCUUGGUGCCGAGGUAUCACUAAGUUACCACCAGGCUAUUCUGUUUCGCAGCUGCCUGAUGACCCAGAAGUCAUUGCUGUGAUUGCAAUUCCUCAUGCUUCAGAGCACACUCCUGUCUUUAUCAAACUUCCUAGCAAUGGAUGCUACAUGUUGCCCUUGCCCAUCUCCAAGGAGAGAGCACUGUUGCCUGGAGACAUUGGCUGCCGCCUCCUGCCAGGUAGCCAGCAGAAGUCUGUCACUGUGGUGACAAUCCCAGCUGAGCAGCAGCCUCUGCAAGGUGGAAUCCCACAGGAAGUUGGAGAAGAGGAGCACGACAGGAGGGGUGUUGUGAAAAGCUCUACCUGGUCGGGGGUUUGCACUGUGAUCUUGGUGGCAUGCGUCUUGGUCUUUCUCCUCGGUAUCGUGCUCCACAACAUGUCUUGCAUUUCCAAGCGCUUCACUGUGAUUUCCUGCGGCUGAAAAGGGGCUGCUCCCAGAAUACUCCUGUACGUUUAUUUAGGGGCUAGGAAGGCGGUGGUGGUGAUGGUGAUGGUGAUGGGACUGAGAGAGAGCAAUGCAUUGCAACAUUGACCAAUUACUACAGAAUACUUGGCACUGGGCAGCCAUUUGAUAGUCGAAAGGCAAUCCUGAAAAGGUGAAACAUGAGACCUCUUUGUUAGAGUACAGAGAAAAUCAUGAGUGGUUUGAUGGUAACAGCACUGAGGAUGAUUGCAUGUGUCACCAUAUUCAUUUAUCAAAGGGACUGUAAUUUAUAAUGAUUUUUAUCAUGUUAUGAGAUUAAAGACGUCUACUUAGCUGGUUAUACUGUAAAAGUAUAUGGUAUGAUCUCUCUUUUUUUCUCUCUCUCUCUCUCUCGCAACAAAGUAGAUUAAAAUCCCAAAUGCUUUAUGUAUAGGUAGAGUGAAACAUGAGAAUUGGUGUAUGACUCAGUAAAGAUUAUUCAGUGCCAGUCCACACACACAUUUUUUUUAAAGGUGGGGGAGGGGCUUGUAAAAAUCAUUUAGUUGAUAAGGCUUUUUAUAUAUUUUCAAUUGCACAUAAUUAAAAUAAGUUAGUUGUACAGUAGUUUUUAAAAGGAAACAUUUUACAAGCAAUUGUGUUUCAUAUGUAAUAUGUGUUUGUCAUUUGCUUUCCUUUUUUUUGUUUUCCAAUGUAGCAAUGCAAAAUUCCCAAACAUUAUGUUAAAUGGAGAUCCAAGCUGGGAAGCAAUAAAAUGAAGUAGGUGGGAGAUGUAAUAGUGCAGCCAAAAUGUUUCUGUGUAAGCCACAUCACAGAGUAUGGCUGUGAAGUAUAAACAGUGGUCAUGCUGUUUCAUCUCGGGUCUGUCAGCAGGCUCUUGGAAAAUUGACUUUCAUGGGGAUUAGUAGAGAAAUGGCUCACAAGGAGAGCUGGGCAGCCUUCCUGCAAGAACCAGAUUAAAAAAAAAAAAAAAAAAAAAAAAAAAAGCAGUUUGCUUAGACUUUGGGAUCAAUUUUGCCACCUCCUUCAAAGAAGUUGAAUCUGUAUAACAGAGAGCAGCGUGAAUUAUGAAUAACCUCACUGAGACCUAGCCAACCUACCAGAGAGUGUGCUGGGUUUACAUAAAGCUUCUAAUUUGAGACAGGCCUCACUUGGAAGGUUUAUACAGGAAGGGCAAAGGGUGGAAUACAGGUACAGAGAGCUGAAGUGAUGUUGCCCAGGGACAUAGACCUGGGAGUGAAACCAAGCCUUGAUCAGGUACUCAGUUGGUCUGUGCUUCUUCCCCCACACCAAUGGAAUCACAUGGGUGUUAAAUCUGAGAGAGCAUAAUUGGGCCCUUUACCUCAUUUCAGAGGUACACAUUUGAAACUGAAGCGGGAAGAAUAUUUUUCCCCCUGUAGGCUGAUAUUCUGACACUCGUGAUAGCAGUUCACAGAUCCUAAAGGAUCAAAAUCUUAUGCCCUUAAGGUGAGUAACACCUGCUGUAAGAAGUCAUAUUCAUUUAUUGCAGAGAAAGUUUAUAUUCCCAGGGAAAGGGCAUAUCAGAAUUGGGCUGAAAUUUUGAAUCUGAGUUUUGGAACUGCAUGUAUGUCAGAAAAAGCUCCAGUAAGGCAGUAAAGUCUAUUGAUUUUCCUUGUUUUUUAUUGCUAGAGCAAAGAAUAGACCAUUACACAGGUAUAACCUCACUGGGGAAGUGACCUCUGAUCUAUGACUAAUAUACUUUUUUAGUAGUUAAUUUGAGAUGCUUCAAGACCAUGUAAUAACACUGGAGAACAUUGUUCCAGCUAUACAGUGCCUAAUUUAGGCCUAUAAGAUAAAUCAAUACUUUUGCAUCAGUGUAACUAAAUAGAGCUUGUUUCAUGAUGACCAUCAUUCUCAUUUGGGCAUACCGUGCAGAGUACAUAUCUACUUUAGAGUGAGAUUCCUCUUCAGUCCAUAAACAUGCCAGCAUUAUUUUUUCAUAUGUAUUAGCUAAGAAUGGCAUAGAUGUGCCUAACUGUUAAGGUAUUAUAUGUAAAGCUGCGUGUGAAGAUGAAGCUUCUAGUAAUUAAUUAAGCUAAUUUUAUCUACUGUUGAUUGUGAAGAAAAUACCCCAGAUAUGACCUAUUUGAUACCUUCAUAAUUCCAUGCAAGGAGAGUGUGCACAGAUUUGUUUAUGUGCCCGAUUGACAAAUGUUUGCCAUAACCAAAUUGAUCAAAGGCAGCCACGUAAGUGGGAUACAGAAGGAUGGCACAGAAAAGCCAAAUGCAUGUGGUGUGAAAUUGCUAACCUGUAUUGCUGUUAGGGAUUUGCAUUCAUGCUAUGCUUGGUGGUCCAGUCCACUAAGGUCCUAACCUGAUCUGAGGUAGAUCCAGUCAUGCCUCUCCACUGCCUAGCAUGUUGUAGUAAUUUAAACUUGUAGCAGAGGAACUAUUGUGUACAGGUACUCCUCACUUAACGACCUACCUGUUUAACGACCGCGUGGAUUUACGACCAGCUCUCCGAGCAGUCGGUAUUGUACGAAACGUAUUGUGGAAACGGCAGCGCGGCGUCUCAAGCCAAGGCACGCAGUAUCAAGGGGCAGCUCCUCGCUUAUCGACCAAUUCACUUAACGACCUAGUCGCAGGAACGGAACUCGGUCGUUAAGUGAGGAGUGCCUGUAUACAGAAAGCUGUUGGAUCAGAAGAGCAGCGUUUUUACACCAACUUUGCUGUGCUCCUCAUGAGUGCCUCCAAGAAGCAGGCAGACUAGAGCAGCAAGUCCAGGGAGCCCAACAUGUCCAAUGUUAACAUUUGUUGCAACUAGACAAUGUCUACUUUAAGCUCUUGGCGGAACAGGUUCUCUUCAUUUUUCAAGUAAUGGCUGUCUUAAAAAGUUCUACAUUUUUGUCCCUAUAUGCAAAGUGCAGCAUGAAGGACAAAUCAAAAGUUAAGUUAAAAUAGUGUACUGUAUAAUGCACUGCACAACAGGCAAAUAUGGGGUUCAUCUGGUAUUAUUGCCAUAGGUAUCAUAUUAGCAGAAUGCCCCAUGGUAUUAUGUAACAGUACACUGUUUUGCUAGUAUGAGUGUCUUCUACUGUUAGAGCCCGCUGAAAUGCACGUCUGACCUAAUUUCUGAUCUGGACAUUUGCCUGCUGACAGCCCUUGUGUGAGAGCAAUAAGUAAAAUCUCAAGAUUUUGUGUGCGUGUGUGUAUGUGUGUGUGUUAAAAUGAUAUUUUUUUACUAGGAGUUACAGGCAUGUUUCUUUUUUUUGCUUUAGUCAGUCUACCAAUUUAAAUUUGCAAUUUCCAUAUCAUGUUGGAUCAUACUGCCUUAUGCUGACUUGUGUAGAAAUGAGGUAUGGUAUCUUGUAAUGUACAGUGUUUCAUCAUUUCUUAAGUAGGUUAGUUUUCAUACGUUAAAAAUGCAGUGUGAGCUGUUCCUCAGUCCAGUGUCUAGCAUUCAAAAAUGAUAAUAUUGUCUAUAUGGAUCUGAGUUUAAGAAAAUGCCGAUAUAAUUAUUCUUGUGACAAAAAAUGUAAAUCUAUAUAAAACUCCAUGUCUUCACCAAAUUUGUGCCAAAACAAAUCACCUCUGUUUUUCAUCAAUGUUUUGUGAUCACUACCCGGUUCUUAGAAUGAAAACUUUGUUUUUCAUCAGUAAUUCAUGAUCAUUACUCAGUUCUUAGGAUGAAAACUUUUUUUUGGUGACUUCAGUACUAUUUUAACAAGCGUUAUGUAUACUAAGCAUUUAUAAUACAUUUGCCUGGAGUUAUUCAUGCACCUGUUUUAGAGGACACAUUUCCAUGUAUGAAUGUGUAAUUUACUUGCUUGUUUAGCAGGGAGUCUAGCUUUUAUCUGAAAGAUGUCAGCUUCUGGAUUUUUGGGGGUUUUGGGGUUUUUUUUUUGUUUUUUUUGUUUGUGCUUUCCUGACAAACUGAAUUUAAGAUUUACUUUGUGAAAUUUUUGUUCAGUAAAUUUUAAAAUUCAGAAUAUGCAAUUUUGGUAUGCAGGAUUUUUUUUAAAUGUGAUUAGUGAUUGUUCAUGCAUUAACGAGCUGUCAAAGACCUUGAAUGUUUUUGUAAAUGUGGAGUAAUCGUUAAGUCCAAAUUUUCAUCUUUAUUAAUGAAGUCCAGUAUGAAUUAAAUAUUAGCAGGAACAGAGUGCAAUCAAGUGAAUUAUGGUCCCUCCAUUUUUUUCAUCCCUGGUGCAGCGACUGAGCCUGCAGCCAAGGCGAUGGGGGGAGACAGAGAUGCUGCCCACCCAUAUGAUGCUGGGGGAGCCUGCAGCCAGGGAGAUGGAAGGAGCCAGGGUUCUUGCUGAUACAGUCCCUGUGGCGUGGAGCCCCUGACUGCUAAGGAGUUGGACAGCCCUGCACUAGAUUACUGCAUGACCUGGGCGCACAGCCUGUGCUUUUACCUUGCUUUUGCCUCCACACUCACAAUUAUUGCAGUAAGGUGACUCUACCACCUCAUUGCUGAAUGGCCAAAACAACAACCCAGAAACUUCAUGUGCCUCCAUGAAUUCAAGCCAUGUUUAAGUAAACCACUUUAAGCCGUGCAGGAAACUUCCAUAUUUGUAGUUAAUAAAUUUAGCGGGACCACUGGCUUUAAUGUGUUUCCUCUUGCCAGCCCCAUGGAAUACGUGGCUUGACAUUUUUUAUUUUUAGACUUUUAUGGGGGAAAUGCAUCAUGAUAGAUGAGAUCAAACAUCACCCAGGAGGCUACUGGAAGGAUUCAUAUACUGUAAAAUUAAAGGGCUUUGUGCUAGGUCAUUUAGCAAGGUAAGAGCCUAGUGAAGUGCUGCACAUGCAAUUACAGCACAUUAGUGACCUUUACUGUACUCUCUGUUGUUGCUGAGUCCGACAGCUGGGAUUAUUCUUCAGUUCUUUCUUGGUGGCAUUUUAACCUGUUGCAUGCUGAUAAUAAACUAAAGUUCUUCUUUCACACUUCUCAAGUUGACCAGCCUGGCUGUCAAUUCUUACCUGCUCCUAAGCGUCCCCCUCAAAUAAGUAUUUGGUAGGCCUGUGUGAAGUGGCUAGUAUUCGCUUUGGAUUCGGAUUCAGCCGAUUCGGGGAACAGUGAUCCGAUUCAGUGAUUUGAAUCACUGUCCCGAUUUGAUUAAUCUGAAUCUCUGAAUCAGCCAGGCCAGGCCCAUCCUCCGCACGCUUUCCCAGCCUGGCAAUGGCUGCCCCAGCUCCCAGCUCUUUGGGAAAAAAAAGCUCUGACUCACUGGGUACUGUUGGUUGGGGGUAAUCCCCGCUGCCCCAUGCUGCAUGGGGAGCUCUGCAAGAGCCCCCUGAUCCCCCCCUUGCUCCCACAGCCACCCCACAGGUGCCCCGCCUGGGCCAGCUCUGAUCCUUUAAGAAAGAAAAAAGAAAACAUGAAAACCCCCCUGGAUUCACCACUCCCUUUGGGCAGAAGAUGAUCCCUGCUGCCCCCCAUUGCCCCACACCAUGUGGGGGGCUCUGCACGAGCCCCCAGAACCCCGAGGCCGCUGCAGGAGUGGAGAGUCCUGGGGCUUUUCUCCAGGUUUUUUCCUAAAGGGCCAGAGCUGGCUUGGUUGGGGCAUUGGGGGGGGAUCAGGGGGUUCGUGCAGAGCCCCUCAUGCGGUGGGGGGGCAGCGGGGAUCACCCCCCUGCCUGGCAGCACCUGGUGAGCACCUGGGCUUUUGUUUUAAGGUACCGGGAGCUGGGUUGGGUAGGGGCUGGGGGAGCAGAGGGUGUUGGGGGGGGUGGCAGGGGUCCCCCCCAUGGUCCCCUCCCCCACCCCUAGUAUUUUCCAGCCUGGAGCUGGCUGCAGCUUCCUGUGGCAGGAAGCGGGGACUGCCUGAAUCAUCAAAGCUCUCUGAAUCUUUUCCAAAUAUUUGGAGAGCUUUGAAUCGAUUCGAACCUUGUACUUGGUCCCUUGAUUCGAUUCGGAGAUUUGGCCACCGAAUCGGGCCAAAUUGACUCACCACCUAAAGUUUCGCACAUCCCUAGUAUUUGGUUCCUGAAGCCAUUUAGCACACCCAUUUUAAAGUAUACUCUUAAUGCUUUGAUAAAUGCUUUAUUUUGGAUUUGAACAGUCAAGCAUUCUUUCAAACCUAAACUGCAUUUCACAGGUAUUAGAACUAGCAGCAGGAAAAGUUAUUUCCCUUCUCCCUCUUCCUUACCCUUCCUCCUAUACAAAUACCUCCCAGGCAUACAUUAAAGCACCCCUGCCUCCUCAGUAAGAGUAUCACAAUGACAAUAAGGAUGCACGUGUGUGUCUGUCAACAGCAUAGGCUUAAGGAAAAUACUGGAAGGCUGAGAAGAGUGCAUAUGCUGUAGCAUGUGCUGCACUCCUACUUACGCAGAACAGCAAGGCUAGGGAGAAUUAUUACUGUGGCCUCAAUAACCUGGAAUGGCUGAGUACUCUGGCCUGGUGGUAGAGUGCAUCCUGUGAUAGCAUCUUCCAUGAGGACCUGGCAUCUCUGCCUGGGUUUCAUGUGCUGUGAGCUGCAGCUCCCACUGUGUCCUAACUUCUACAGACUUAGUGGGGACCACCCUGCCCUGCUGGACACUGAAGUUCCUGGUUCCCUGUUGCACAGGGCUUCUCAACCUAGAUCAAAGUUGGACCCACUCCCUGGCCUGGUGUUGAGAUAUGGAGCCAUUAAACUGAUGCUUGCUGAGGGAUUGUGUUAGAGCAGGGGCAGGUAGCUGAGUGUUGAGAGUAUCAAGGGCUUAUGCAAUAAACAAGGAGGAAGGCAUGAAUGGUGGUGGAGACUCCUGAAAUGAGCAAAAUGUCUGAAUGUGUCCAGAAUGGAGAUGGUUGAGAAUGAGAAUGACAGCUUUGGGGUGAACACAGGGUGCAAAGGAGGUGGAGCAGUGCUAAGGCCAGGUGCAGACAUUACACUUUUACUGGUAUAAGUGGUUGGAAACUGGUCUAUACCUGUAACAGAACAGAAGUUCGGCACACAUGGACUGACUUAAAAAUGGCAGAACCCAGUCUAAGAUUUGCACUCCCCCUCCCCCCCCCCCCCCCCCCCCCAAAAGGGCGAACAUUUGUUCUCCUUGCUACUAAUCUAAACUAUGCUGGUUAAAGAUAACCAUGUAACUUAGGUCAAUUCUGCCUUGGACUUUUUAAAUGUCUGUACCUAGCCUAAAUUGGCAGGGAAGACCUAAGCAGUAUCCAGAACCAUGUAUAUGUAGUGUGUGGAAACACUGAGCUCAUUUGAAACAAAUUGAUUUAGUGCUCUCUGUCAUAUGAUAUCUCAAGAGUAGCUUGCACUUGAAACUUCAUGUUUUGCUUUAUGCAGUCCUUCAGUCCCUUCUAGUUUCGAGGCUGCAUGUUUUGAUAGUUAUAUUUUCUCCCUAAUUAAGAAACUUGAGAAAGCCUGUUCAGUGUUCUUGAAAAUGAAACAAUUAUUUGAAGAGCAACCACUUUGACCUGUGUGUGUGAAUUGGUGUUAGGUCUUUUUGAUAAAUCAGUUCAUUUUAGUUUUAUUUGUAUGUAUGUAGAAGAUACAGAAAACAGGCUGCCAUGUCCCAAAACAAAAAUGAGCUGGACUAACAACAUUGGAAAUGCUCAUGUAAAAGCCACAUAGUUAUUUAGAAAGCUAAAGAAUACUCUGUACUAACACCACUGUCCCAUCUGUUUGAGAAACUGUUCAGUUUAAGAUACAUGCACUGGCUAUUUGGUACAACUGUUGUACUUUGUUUUAUAUAGGGAGAAAAUGGGAUUUGAUCAAAGAGCUGUUUUUUCCCCUACUAUUUGACUUUCCAAAUUCCUUAAUUUUCAUCAACUUGAAAAGUUUGAAUAGCUGUUUGCCCAUGAAUGUUUGCUUGCCUACUUUAAGGAUUAUAAAAGCAUGUGGGUAAUGCCACGGGUAAUGCCAUAUAAAUAUUUCUUUCCUGGUUCCCAGUUAUGUAUAUUGGCUAAGUCUUUUUUUUUGUAGUUAGACCCAUUUAAGAGGCAUCUGAAUCUGGCUCAAGAUCUGAAAAACUCCCCAACCUAUCAGGUUGCUUGAACCCAGAUUAAAAUACCACAUCUUGGACCAAAUCUAAUUUGUACAUAGGUUCUCAAGGAUUGGAAACUGAAUGUCCUGUCCCUAUAAAUAGCUAGAUUCAUAGCAGCUUUCAGCAGUGCACAAAUAUUGUAGUUAGUUCUCCUCCUCUUUCUAAUGUUAAGGGGAAAUAUAUCUAAUCAUUGUGAAAGUGUCUGGCCUCACUCCAAAGAAAAAUGAUAUAGAAUAUAAGAAAGUGGAACUGAUAGGUAGAUAUGAAAUCUUUUAAACCAACCUAUUUCAGCUGAAAGGCUUAGAUUCCCAUGAGAAGAAAGGCAGGCACAAUUCUCAAAGAGGUCUAUCCAGUUGCCAAUUGAAGAGCUUAUUUACCUAAUUUGGAAUAAUGCUCACAAAUGCUUCUCGAAUGCCAAAGAUAUGCUGAAGAAGUAUAGUCUUAUAGGACUACAGAACCUGAUUCAGGAAAACCUCUUCAUUUGGAAAAGCAUAUAUAACCCAGGGCUUUAAGCAGGUCCAAAUAUAUUUAAGCAAAUGCUUGAUGUUUGUGCUUAAAUUGUUCCUUGAAUAGGGAUGAACAUAACCCUGUGCUCAAGUGCCCUCUUCAAUUCUAGCUAGGCCUUGAAUAUUAAAUGCAUAUGCAAAGUAAUAAGCUUUGCCUUGGGGAAGAACAUUAUUUUAUUUUGCAAUUUAAAAGUAGAUUGACUAGAAGAUGCUUCUGUCACUGUAAAUCCUGGAGGACAGCUGUUAUCGAGCUUUUGGAUGCAGAAGUUUGUAGUAACAUUCCAAAAUAUUAUUUCUAUUUUAAUUUCCCAUUUUAGACAGACGAGUCUUCAACUCAUCAAAAAAAUCCCCCCCCAAACUAACCAAACCAAGAACAUUGUAAGUGACAGUAAUAACCCCCCCCUAGAGAAACAACCUGAUUUUUAAUCACUUUUUUCUGUGCUGCAGUGAAAAUGCUAAGGCAUUUACUAAACCUAUAGAUUGAUGUAACUGAGCUUCUUGUUCAUGUUCUGGCUGAACUAGUCAGCUGUAAUAAGGCUGCAUGUUUUUUUUUCCAUCUGGGUUAGACAAGAUGAGAUCAGCACACUCCAUAGCUGGAUUUAUCAGAGAGAUAAGGGCAGUAAAAUGUUACCAGUAAUGAGUGUAAUUUGUGCUGUACAAAGGAUUGCAACAUUUAAUGCCUUUGGUCAGUCAUUCAGGCAGAGCAAACCCAUCACAGCUCCAGAGAAGUAAAAAAAUCCAGUGUAACUGUCAAGACGAACAGUUAAAUGGGGAUUUUCUUUUCUUUUUAAAAAUGAAAUAUGCCAAGCUUUGUCUGCAUUUUUUAUUGCUGAUACUUGAUUCGUCUGACUGCUUUUAGUUUGGGUCUUUUUGCUCCAGUCCUUUAACAGGAAGAAACAGCAGCUAAAGAACUGCUUGUUCUUCCUCAUUACAGAAGACAGAAUCCCUUCUUUUUUUCCUCUUAGUGAUUAGAUUUCCUUCUGUAUAUGCCUCGUUCCUGAUGCGUUGUCCGUAAGUGCUACCUCUGUGCGGUGUUGUGAAUGAAGUUAAACAAUAGGAGCAGCUUGCUACAGAACAUGGAGCAACCACAAUUCACUUAAUAGAAGGUGAUAUUUGUAAUAACGUGUUUAUCUGCUCUAUGAUCAGCCACAUUAUCCGUUUUAAAAAACAAGAUACAAUAUUUCACACUUGAAAUAUUAUGAUCCUGAUAUAGAAAACAGAAACCCAUCACCCAUUAAAACCAAACUGAACAUUAACCACAAAAAAAAAAUGUUUUUUUCAGUUUGGUUUUAAAAAUAAAACAGUACUUUCCUUGCAUUUCUUCUUCUUUUCUUUCAUUCAUUUUCUUUCUUUCUUCUUUUUUCUUAGUAAGCACAUCAGUGGCAGAAGUUUGAGAUUUGAUGGACUCUUUUGGGGAGGAGGGGAAACCAAUGGAAAUUUGUGACUUGGAUUUUUCUGUCCUUGAUAUGUUUCAUAAUGUAUAUGUGUGCAUCUGUCUGUAAUAUAUCAUAAAUACUAUAAGAGGUGAAAACUGUGGUGGCACCACAAAUUUUAACAAAAUGUCACAUGCUGUCACAUUUAAGAUGCAGAUUGCAAUGUGCUCACACAUUGCUGUUAUGAUACAGGAGAGUUUAGAUUUUGAAUUUUUGUAGUGAUGUACACACAGAUAGUUCUGAGAUCAUACCCAGGUCUUAUCCUUCAUUAAAUAAUUUGAUUGGAUCAGCUAAUGAGGAUCUUCAUGAUAUGUAACAUAUGGAAAGGGAAUCAUCAUUUUAUAAAUCUGCAGUAAGUAGCCGUUGAUCAAUAGCAGUAAAAUAGGUAUAUGGAAAAAUUCCUUGUUCCCUGAACAGAUUGCUAAACUUUUGCCUUGAAUCAGUGACCUGGGUUUUGCCUCGGGAAAUACAUUUUUCAUUAAAUCCGGUUUAUGGAAUUUGGCUCAAAUGGAUUGAUUAUGUGCGUCAAGUGAACAGGAUUUGGCCUACUAUCAUUGUCAAUGUGUCCUGAACUAGUAAAGUAGGAACUUUUUCCAUCUCCCUAGGAUGCUCCAGUCUAGAAAGGCAUAUUAUAAAUAUCAUUGGUACAGUCAAACACAUUUGCAUGAGGGCUCUAAUAAGGUUGUAUGCUUUGUUGUCUAGUGGCUAUUAUAAAAAAUGAUUUUAGGGAACCACUUAGGAGUAAUGUGAGAACCAUGCCAGACUCUAAGACAGAGACAUGCUUUUCACACCUCUGUUUUCCAUGACUUGGGGAACUGCUGUUCCUUAUGCACACCUUUGUACUAAAAGGGAAAAACAGCCCGCAGGUUGGCCGCAGACCUAACUUGCUGCUCUUUUUACUGAGCAGUCGAGAGAAUGCUGUACUGCUUACAUGCUGUUUUGCCUUUCCUCCUUUUUCCUUUUAAGUUGUUUUUGUUUUGCAGUGCUUGAGAUCGAAAGCAGACGCACACAAAAGAGUGAAGCUGUUUUUAAAAUUCAGGUCAUGUUUAUACCAUCUGCUCUGUAUCUAUUUAAAUGUUGUUGGAGGAAAGCAGAGGUGCCCCCAAUUUUCAACUGUGCUUCAAAUGAGUCCCGGUGGAGUUCCUGUUGCAGAAACUAAACCUGGCUAUGCAGAGGAUCUUUGCGUACCUAGCUGUGUUUAAACCCUGGAAGUAAGCUGAUGAGAUGUAUAGCUAUAUAGCAGUUGCUGGAAAAUUCAAAGGGAACAGUUGCAGAGUGCUUCUUCUACCUAUCAGACUGGGCAUUUGCUAUGGACAAUUAAAACGAAAAACCAUAGUCUAUUGUGCCAUAUGGAGAGUUGUAUUGAAAAGAGUAGUGAUUGAGGCAACACACAUAGCCAUGUUCUCUGGGGAAGCCACUUGUCAACUUUCCAACCUGCUGUUCUACUGACUUACAAUUGAUUUCAGUUUAGAUCAUUUCAGAUGCACUAUUUCUAAUAGCUCCAGUAGAGUUGCAAGCAAACUGUAACUAGCUGGUCGCAGAAAGCCAGUCACUACGGCCUACCUUUUGUGUUUUGAACUAACCUUAUUAGCAGCACGGGCUAUAUUGGCAAAUCCAACAAGAAGGAGUGAGACUGGGGAAUGAUUUGAUUUGGCGUAAAUAAGCUUCAGGAAGUGUUUAAAAAUAGCUCAAAACAAUCAUGACAACUGAAAGGCCUCAGUGCUCCUCUGAAGAUAUAUCUGCCUCUUUAGGCAAGUCUUUUUGCUGGCACAGAGAGAUAUAAACAUACUUUUAGUGUGUAUGCAUUUGUGUUUGUGUGCGUGUAUAAUUUCUUUUACAAAGAUGAAUAUACUUUAUUUUUUAAAUCCAAGUGAGAAAUAUCUAUUCAUUUAUAUUUUCCUAGGUUAUGAUUUCCACUCUGCAGCCUGUCUAAGUUUUCAAUCCAUUUUCAGUCCUGGUAAUUGGUUCAUGAGGGGUGUUAAGGUGGGGGCAUCCAAGGUAUUGCUGCAGCCCCGUGUUCUCUCCUUGCUGAUGUGCUCCUUUCCUCUCUCCAGUUCUCUUCUCAGCGCCCACCACCAGCCCCGUUAAUUAUAUAUUCCAAUCAAGCUAGGCUGAUACUAUCAAAUGGUUGUUAACUGAAGUUUUUGACAUGUUUUCAUUUGCAAUAACAUACAUAAUUUAUCUUAGAAGUGGUUUGUUUUUCUUUGAAGGGCUAUGUAGCCCUAUUGAGAUAGGAGCUGUUGGGCUGUCUUGUCAAAAUGUUGCCAAAUGCUGAUUUUGUAAAGAGGAUAUUGACUGCUGUUUAUAAAUCUGAAUGUCUUUAAAAGCAUUCUUUGCUUGCUCCUUUUGUCCUAGAUUGUGUCAAAACAAAAAAAGUCUGUGAGUUUUUGUUUUUUCCCCUAUACUAGCCCCAAUUUUAACAUAUGGUAUUUUUGUAUGCCAAUCUCUGGUGUCUUGUCCUUUGUAUAUGUGGAAAUGUUGAUUUUAUGAGAACUGUUCAGACACAUUUGCUAUGAUUAAAAUCCUUUAAAAUGA